AUGUCCAAGGUUGCGGCAAAGAGGGCCAAGCUCGCCGAGCUAAAGGCUCUCAAGGCCUCGGGCAAGAAGGUCUUUGACUCGUACGAAGUUGAGCAAGAGGCCGAUCUCUACGAGGAAGUCGACGAAAACCAAUACAAGAAUAUCGUCCGAGACCGUUUGAACCAAGACGACUUUGUCGUUGACGACAAUGGCGAAGGAUACGCCGACGACGGACGCGAAGAGUGGGAUCGCGUCCAUCAGUACGAAAGCGAUAGCGAAGAUGAUAGAGUUAUACGAGGACACGACCGCAAAUCUGACAAACGGAAACGUGACGAGGAUAAGGCCAAGCGAGACGCAAAUGACAGAGAUAUCAGCGAGUACUUCAUGAAAGGCCGUACCGCCCCUCAGCCCAAGCCAAAAGUGAUCAAGACAGAAGCAGACGAUCAGUUUUUGGCAGACCUCCUCGGUGAAGUCGACGCCAACAUUCCCGGCCCAGCAGCCCGAGCACCCAAGAAGAUCACUCCCGAGAGAAGGAAAGCGCGUGCUCUGUCCCCAAUUAGACAGCCAGUCGCAAAGAAGGUCAAGACCGCAGAACCAACGUUGCCGUCACCAGUUCGUUUUGCGGACGAUGACUUUAUUGCCACUGCAGACGACGACUUGCCUCUUCCACAUGUUUCGGAGCUUGCCAUGAGUGAUGCUGACCCAGCACCUUCAUCACCAGUCGCAAAGGUCGUUGAACGCAGGACAUCUAUUAAGGUAGAACCUGCCGAUGACGAUGACGAGGAUAUGAUGGAGGUUGCCCUGGGCGGCACCAUCAAUACUGCCAGUGUCAACCUUUCUGCUUCGAGGCCGAUCAAGAAGCUCGUCAAGGCAGAGCCGUAUCCCUCGCCCGCCAAUUCCUCACCUGCAAAGGCUCCCGAGCCCUCUGUCGACUCCUCAUCAUGGAAUGAGCUCACCAACAAGCUCAAUGUCGUCAGCGCAUCCCCGACCGAGACACGAUCCGUUGGAAAAAUCGACUACAAGGAUGCUGUUGAAGAAGACGGGAGUCUAAACUUCUUCUGGACUGAUUACACAGAAGUCAAUGGCAGUCUUUGCCUAUUUGGCAAGGUUCUGAACAGAAAGACCAACUCGCACGUCAGCUGCUUUGUCAAGGUGGACAAUGUUCUGCGAAAGUUGUACUUUCUGCCUCGUCAGAACCGCCAGCGAGAUGGUGUCAGUACUGACGAGACGGUUGAAAUGAUGGACGUCUAUACUGAAGUUGACGAAAUCAUGACCAAGAUGAAAGUCGGUAUGCACAAGAUCAAGGCCUGCACCAGAAAAUAUGCCUUUGAGCUUCCCAACAUCCCCGCGGAAGCGCAGUACUUGAAACUCCUAUAUCCAUACAACAAGCCUCAGCUACCCGUGGAAACGGUUGGCGAGACCUUUUCCCAUGUUUUUGGUACCAAUACUGCUCUUUUUGAGCAAUUUGUGCUUUGGAAGGAUAUCAAGGGCCCUUGCUGGUUGAAGAUCAAGGAUGCCGACUUUGGUUCCCUCAAGAAUGCAUCUCACGCCAAGCUCGAGGUUCUCGUUGAGCACCCAAACAUGAUCUCUUCCAUCAGCGAGUCCGACAAUCUCGAUGCUCCUCCUCUCACACUGAUGAGUGUCGCCAUGAGGACCACAUUCAACGCUAAGCUGAACAAGCAAGAGAUUUUGGCCAUCAGCGCCCGGAUUUAUGAGAAUAUCUCAUUGAGUGAUACCACACCCGCCGAAAAACUGCCCAGUCGAACCUUUACAUUGAUUCGUCCAAAUGGUGCGGCAUUCCCAAUUGGGUUUGAGAAAACAGUAAAGGACAGGAAAAAGGGCGGCUUGAUCAAGCUCAUGAAGCAGGAGCCCGAGAUGCUCUCCUUUUUCUUGGCCCAAAUUGACGUUGCAGAUCCUGAUGUCAUAAUGGGACAUCAGCUCGAGGGUGUCGAUUAUAGCAUUCUUUUGAACCGUUUGGCUGAAAAGAAGACUCCUCAGUGGUCUCGCCUUGGACGUCUGCGACGAAGUGUUUGGCCGCCGUCCAUGGGCAAGGUUGGUGGUAACGUCUUUGCCGAGCGACAAAUCAUGGCGGGCCGACUUCUGUGCGACCUUGCCAAUGAGGCUGGCAAGUCGGUCAUGUUCAAGUGUCAGUCAUGGAGCUUGACUGAAAUGUGCAAUCUCUACCUUGGUGGAGAGAAGCGCAGAGAUAUCGACAACGAAGCCGCCUUGAAGACUUGGGCAGCCGAGAAGAACGGACUCAUGGAUUACAUCACCCACAUGGAGGCUGAUACACACUACAUUGCUGCUCUUGCUUUGAGAACGCAAAUGCUGCCAUUGACCAAGGUCUUGACCAACCUGGCCGGAAACUCCUGGGCACGAACACUGACUGGUACUCGUGCUGAGAGAAACGAGUACAUUUUGCUCCACGAGUUCCACCGCAACAAGUACAUCUGCCCCGACAAGCAAGUCUUCAAGGGCAAGCCCAAGCCUGAGGAUGAAAACGAAGAGGCUACAGAAGGCAAGAAGAAGGACAAGUACAAGGGAGGUCUGGUCUUUGAGCCAGAAAAGGGUCUAUAUGACAAGUUCGUUCUUGUCAUGGACUUCAACUCCCUUUACCCCUCCAUCAUCCAGGAAUACAACAUCUGCUUCACCACCGUUAAGCGCGCAGGUUGGUCUGGAGAUGAAGACUCCGUGCCCGAGGUGCCCGAGGAGCAAGAUAUCGGUAUUCUACCCAAGCUCAUUUCUACGCUAGUCAGUCGUAGAAGAGCUGUCAAGAGCCUCAUGAAGGACAAGAAUGCCACAGCUGAGCAAAAGGCAACUUGGGACAUUAAGCAGCUUGCCUUGAAACUCACUGCCAACUCCAUGUAUGGAUGUUUGGGUUACACCAAGUCACGUUUCUAUGCCCGCCCUCUGGCUGUUCUCACCACCUUCAAGGGCCGUGAGAUUCUGCGCAGCACCAAGGAUUUGGCUGAGUCCAACACACUUCAAGUCAUUUACGGUGACACUGAUUCCGUCAUGAUCAACGCCAAUGUGGACUCUGUUGCAGAUGCCCUCAAGGUCGGCCAAGAAUUCAAAAAGGCCGUCAAUGAGCGCUACCGCCUACUGGAAAUUGAUAUCGACAAUGUCUUUAGGCGCAUCCUGCUCCAAGCAAAGAAGAAGUACGCUGCCAUCAACCUGGUUGAGGUUAAUGGUAAAUGGGAGGAGAAGAUGGAAGUUAAGGGUCUGGACAUGAAGCGCAGAGAAUACUGCGGACUGUCCAAGGAGAUCUCAUCCCGCAUCCUCAAUGACAUCUUGUCCGGUGAUGACACUGAAGUAUCCAUUCAGCGCAUCCACGAGUAUCUGCGCGAGACUGCGGCCAAGAUGCGUGAACAUACAAUUCCUGUUCAAAAGUACAUUAUCUUCACACAACUUGGAAAGGCACCAAAGGAGUACCCCAAUGCCGACUCCAUGCCGCAGGUACAAGUCGCUCUCCGAGAGAUUGCACGUGGCAAGAAUGUGAGGCGUGGAGACGUCAUUUCAUACGUUAUCACUGGUGAUAGCGGAUCUUCUGACCCCGUGGCUAAGCGUGCCUACACACCUCAGGAUGUGAUGAAGUCCGACUCCAAUCUCAAGAUCGAUGUCGAAUGGUACAUUGGCAAGCAAAUCUUUCCUCCGGUAGAGCGUCUUUGUGCCAACAUCACCGGAACAUCGACGGCUCAGCUCGCAGAGCAGCUUGGUCUAGAUAUUCGCCGCUAUGCCAACAACUCAUCACACGGGAACAGUGGACCUCAGGAUCUUGAAAUCCACCCACUGGAGUCUCAGAUUCCUGACUCCAUUCGCUUUGCCGACUGCGAACGUUUGCAACUACGUUGCAGGAAGUGCAGAGCCUCAAACCCCUUUGAAGGUCUCAUUGGCUCUUUGAAGUCGGUUACUCCUACAGGUGUCGUCUGUCCAACUUGCUCAGCAUCAAUUCCCAACCUCAGCAUUGUGGCCCAAGUUGAGGCAGCUGUCCGCAGACAAACCGCCAGGUAUUACGAGGGUUGGCUCAUUUGCGAUGACCCAUCCUGCGGCAAUAGGACACGACAGAUGUCUGUUUUCGGUAACCGCUGCUUGGGUCCCAAUGGACUUGGCAAGGGUUGCAUGGGCAAGAUGAAGUACGAGUACAGCGAGCGCGAUAUAUACAACCAGCUGAGCUACUUUGCCAGUCUCUGGGACGUUGAGAAGGCCAAAGCCAAGGCCAGCAGUGAUGAUUCUCUUGACGAGGAGAAGAAGCUGAGCGCCGAGGAGAAGACUGAAGUCGACGUCAGGGCAAAGCAGAAUAAGAACCGCUUUGAUCUUGUACAGGGUGUUGUCGAAAAGUACUUGGACAAGUGCGGCCGACGAUGGGUCGCCAUGGACACAUUGUUCGGAAAGUUGGGAUUCAUUGCUGCAUGA